AAAAUCCUCCCCGCGCUUCGGCUUCUAGACCGCCCGAUUCAGAGCCAGGGCUAGCAGCAGUAGUCGUAGUCACUCACACUCUACUAUGUACCUUAUCCAGUAGUACUUGGUCCAUGGUCCAAAACCUAAAAUAGUGUUCUCUCUACGACAUCAGAUCGCUCCGUUCUAUCAAGUUUUCUGGUUUCUGCCAGUGGGUCAUGAUUGGCCUAAUCAGACAAAGCAGGGGGCACCAUGGAGGUGGUCUGCUAUAACGGCUCUGCUUCCUGACGCACGACUCUUCUGCUGUGUUGUCACAUAGCCCUUUCAAGUAGUCCCGCUAUUUGUCCGAACCCUGCCCGCAGCUGUCGGAAUAGCUGGUCAGGAGGCAGUCGGGGGAGAUAAAAAGUCGCAUUGCCCAGCCGAACUCUCCCCUUUGCUUCACCUCCUCACUCACUCCACCUCUCUCUGGUACAGCAACCUUGGCUCAAUAAUAGCCAUCAUUCAUCUUCAGCUAAUUAUUUCACAUCCAGCCAAGUCAAUUCAUACCUAUAAACACUUAAACGCCUCACAUCACCAAAACAAUACACAAAAUGCCUGCCACUCAAGAGCCCCAGCAACAGCAGCCCAUGGAGGCCGUUGCCUUGGAGAACGCCACCGUCACCGAGCAGCCCGCCCCCGAGCCCGAGAUGUCGACAACAAGCCUUCGUGGAGGUUUUGUGGAGGAGUGCAGCUGCUGCUGUUUCUCCGAGGAGUGUGCUUGCUGCUAGACGGACGGGUUGAGUGUUUAGCGAAGAGACGAGAAAUGCCUAUUUGAUAAGCGCGAUAUUUUUUUAGCCGAAAGUAUAAUUGACUCUUACUGUGGCCAUGCAUGAUCAGUGCU